GGCCCUUCUACUUACUGUCGUUCCUACCUUGGCCAAGCAACAGCCUCCUCGAAGCUAUCCGACACAUAUGGAGACGAUGAAUGAUAUGCCUGAUCUACUGAAGUCUUCUAAUCUGUCUUCUACCUGCAUAAAUGAAAAUACCUGUGGUCCUAGGCUGCGGCGAUGCGUCUUCAUAGCAUCUCCAUUCCUUCUCAAAAAUGAACUCGAUACCUGACCUUUUCCGAUGUUUGAAUUUUACGCCUUUCCGUCCGUCAAGUGUUCGAGCUCGUGCGGUCCUACGAGAGCUUUCCCUACAUCGGCAGCAGAGGGCCGUUGGUAGCUAAAGUGAGAACGCUGGCUCCCGACUCUUGGCCUAUUGUUACCACAAAAGUCUCAGUUGCUACUCUGUCUCACUCUUUCUCCGGAGCGGUUUCUCUCUUCGUGGGCUCUCCAGGCUGUGUACCCAGAAACGGACUUUUUGUGCGACCGGAAGACAAAAGCCUGACAGGCGAGUGAGGGUGUGCUGCCUUCCCCACAAUGAGUCUAUCGCCCUUAUAUCGCAAGAACUCCUAUCCGUUGUUUCCGUUCCACCAUAUGAGCGUAUAGUCUGAGCCACCCCUGUGGCUUGCCUUGGUCCGACUCCUGUGGGUCUCAAGCUCUUGUAUAAAGCAAGGUGCGUGAGAGGGUACUGCCGCCUGCUCUCAACGUUCUGGGGUACGAAUGCCUUUCACUUUGAGACGCUCCAAGAGGAAGGAGCUCGUCUUUUCUCGUUCUCUUGUAGAAGCUGUGAAGUCGAAGAUCUUUGUUCCAAACAAGAAGGACAGCUAUGUUUGUGAGUGGCACAGUGACACAGAUGUCUUAAUUCAGGGCAAAUUGAGAACAUAUCCGUGCUCAGAUCGUUCGCCUACAUUACGCCGCCAACGUUCGCGAUACUCUCAUUUACCAGCAGAGCUUCUGGCCUAUAUAUUCAUCCUCGGUGCUCAAGAUGACCCCUUGUUCCCAAUUACCAUAACACACGUUUGCAGGUCAUGGCGCGCUCUUGCUUUACAAACGCCUUCCCUGUGGCGUAUCGUUUCACUAGAUAACCGACUGCGUCUCUGGAAUGAAUACAUCCGCCGGUCUCGAGCAUGCACGCUAGACAUUCGGCUUGUGCCACAGUCGCGAAAGAACAACGGUUCAUCUUCACCAGACCCUCGUAGCCGAGCACAUGGAAGAUAUUAUCUUGCCGCCCAAAGCGUACAGAACUACCUUCAUUGUGCUGCGCCACACAUAUCUCGAUGGCGAUCACUAGAGAUCGAAUUCCAACAUUACGCCCCUUACCUAUGGAACGGAGCGCUAUCAGCCUGUUGCGGCUAUGGUCCAUCUUCAUACGCUCCCCAACUCGAAAGCCUCACUCUCAUUAACCCCAAUAAUGACGACACUAAUGAAUUCACUCUCUUCGGGGGUUAUGCACCGAAAUUACGUCGAGUCACAUUGAACGGUAUACGGCUGACCUGGCUGCCCGACGUGUUCGCGAACCUGAGCGCAUUGGACUACACCCAUCAUGGGUUCACCCGUGGGAGAGAUGCGGCGGCUGAACUGCUGUAUAUGCUGCAGAUUUCCAACAGAUUACGACAGCUGAAGGUGUCAAUUCCCUCACGCGCCGGGGCCCACUCUUCAUUUCCGUUCAGAUUCCCAGCAGAGGACUCAGUCCUCCUUGCCCAUCUUACAGAGCUCUCCAUUAUCAUUGAGGAUACAAACUUGCCUUCCGCGUUGAUUCAGUUCAUCGCGCAUGUCUCUAUUCCCAACAUCCACACGUUACACCUAAUGGUGAAGCCUACGACCAAUGACACUCGACCAAGUCGAGCAGGACAAUCGGAUAUCUCCACACGUUUACGUCAAUUCCUUAAAGCGCUUCCACGAUUAUAUACCCUCCGACGUCUCGAACUCGAAUACGCCUGGCUAUCAGACCCUCGAUUCAUUUUCAUGCUCCUCCACGUCGUUCCCAGCCUCACUCAUCUCACACUCCGGGGUCCACAUAUCACCAACUCCCCCUUAUUUGAAUUAUGCGAUAUAUUACGAGCGAGAUACCGCUCUUCGUCCAAGUAUCCGUUGAUAUUGGAUGUGUUGGAGUUAGAUCGGUGCGAACAUGUUACCGCAGGUGCGUUGGUAGACGUGGUCAAGCAUAACCUUGAUGCUGGUACUGGACGGCGCCCAGGGAUGUGUGUUCGGGCUGUGCACGUGAAGGAUUGUGUUGGUGUGGACGUUUUGGCUUUGCGACGGCUGAAGUCAAACCCUAGUGGAGUACGUCUGAGGGUAUGGCGGAAAGGUGAGGAAGUGGACUUCGGUACUUUGAACGCUAAAGCGACAGCUGCUAAGAGACAUCGUUAUCAUCAAACAACUGAGGACAGUUAUGUAUCAUUAUCUACUUAUUAACAUGUUAUAAUUACGUAGGAUACUUAUUCAAAGGUGCAAAUUCAGUACGCGGGUAACUUUGGGUGUUUC